AUGGCCGAGGCUACGAAGAAGGAGCCUGUGGAUUUGUCAGGAGACGGAGGCGUGCUCAAGGAGACGUACGUCGAGGGCUCUGGAGAGUUCCCGCCCGCUGGCGACGAGAUUCGCGCUCACUACACCGGUACGCUGCUGGACGGCACGAAGUUCGACAGCUCACGCGACCGCAACUCGGAGUUUAAGUUCGUACUGGGCAAAGGCAACGUGAUUAAGGCGUGGGACCUGGCCUUCGCCUCGAUGAAAGUCGGCGAGAAAGCUAUUCUGACCUGCAAACCCGAAUAUGCUUAUGGCGCGAGCGGCAGCCCGCCUAAGAUCCCUGCCAACGCGACGCUUAAGUUCGAUGUGGAGCUCCUGGGUUUUAGUCCCAAAGCCAAAGAGAUGUGGGAGAUGGACGCCGAGGAGAAGAUCGCCGAGGCGACCAAGCUCAAGGCUAAGGGAACAGAGCAGUUCAAGGCCAAGCAGUUCGACACUGCAGCUGCUACGUACACCCAGGCUGCCUCGUACAUGGAGGACAUGUAUGAUGUUGCUGACGAGGACAAGAAGACGAUGAAGCAGCUGCAGACCACUUGCUUCUUGAACGCCGCGAUGGCGUACCUCAAGGUCGACAACUACUCGGAAGCUGUGUCCGUCGCCACCAAGGCUUUGAACAACGAUCCUUCCAACGUCAAGGCACUAUACCGUCGUGGUGUGGGUCGCAUGCACAUGAACGACCUGGAGCGUGCGAAGGAGGACCUCCUGGCUGCUGGCAAGCUGGAUCCGGCCAACCGUGAAGUGCGCCGCGAGUUUGAAGUGUUGAAGAAGAAGAUGAAAGAGGCGCGUGAGAAGGAGAAGUCUGUGUUCGGCGGAUUAUUCGGCAAGGUAUCCAUGUACGACGACAAGUCUGCUGUGGAGGUUGAGCCGGUACUGGACCCCAACAACCCGAAGGUUUUCUUCGACAUCAGGAUCGGUGAGGAGGACGCCGGCAAGGUUGUGAUGCAGCUGUACAAGGACAUUUGCCCGAAGACAGCUGAGAACUUCCGUGCGCUGUGCACAGGCGAGAAGGGUAACUGCUCGACGGGGCAGCCCCUGCACUACAAGGGCAGCUCGUUCCACCGCGUGAUCAAGAGCUUCAUGAUUCAGGGUGGCGACUUCACUCGUGGUGACGGUACGGGCGGUGAGAGCAUCUACGGUGAGAAAUUCCCGGACGAGAAUUUCCGACUCAAGCACACGGAGGCUGGUCUGCUGUCCAUGGCCAACGCCGGUCCGGGCACGAACGGGUCGCAGUUCUUCAUUACGACUGUGCCCACGCCGCACCUGGACGGCAAGCACGUGGUGUUCGGUAAGGUGGUGGAGGGCUUCGAUGUGGUCAAGCGCGUCGAGGGCCUUGAGACGGACAAGGGCGACAAGCCCACGCAGCCCGUCAUCAUCGCUGACUGCGGCAUGUACGAGGCAUAA